AUGCCGCUUGAGAAGUCCUGGGACUUCGAGGACUCCGAUGACGCCUCGGAUUCUGCCAUCACGUAUCAUGGAUGGCGCCAGAUCGCCUUAGGCUCUAUUGUCGAUUGGAUCAUGGGGAUUGAUGAUGAGCUUGAGGGCCGCGGCCUCGGCUCCCCCAAACUGCAGACUCGUCUUAUGGUCUGGGGGCCGGGGCCGCUUCAAAUCAAGUCGGCGUCCCGCCUCUAUAUUGAUCCAUUUGAUUUAUACGGAGCGACGGAGUGUUGUGUUGUGGCGCUGCCCACACGGGGGGUAGACAGCAUGUUGUGGGAAGAAAUCACGGGCGGGGUGGUGGUGUUUCGGCCUAAACCUCCGCCCCGCCCGAGCCGAGGAAUUGGCAUUGUACUCAGCAAAUUUCGGCGCACCGUACGGGGCGCCGGGGACUCUGAACCCGCUGCAGCCGUCGGUGCCGCUUAUGUUCCAUUAGGUUCUUCGCCGGCGGACUUAUCGAAUGCGGCUUAUGCGAAUUUACCACAGCCAGUCAGUGGGGGCCACAGACAGUGUACGCCCCACGUGGCUGCCCGAGUCGAAGAAAUGACCUCGCAUUUAUCGGCGAACUUCGGUGCCCCGUACAAGGGGAGCCGGGGAAAGCUCGACAUAGUAGUCGAGCGGAGGACCCCAAAUUCUUCCCACGGACGCAGUGAUUGGAUUCUUCGUGACGCGUUCUCACACGGAGCGAGCUGGGGAAUCGACUUCUCAUUUCUCGGCAAAGGGAGUGGAGCACCAUAUAAGUUCGGUGUAAUGGUCGGGGGGGCCGCCCUCUCCUCACUAGGCCGAUGUGAUAUUUGUCUCGAGGGCGGCCCGGACCCGACCCGAGAAACAGUUAGAGCACCCACCCCCCAUCUUGUUUGA